CCGGUUGCUAUAGUCCCGCCGUCAAACACCCGGAGUCGGGGCUCGGUCUGGCUGUGAGCAACGAGAGGUUGCGGGGAAUAAAGAUGUCGCUGAGUGACGGGACCGAGGAGGAUGUGGGGGGCGAGGAUGGAUUGUCCACUAUUACAUAUGAAUCUGAGGUAGAAAAGAAAUCUAGAAAGAAGAAAUCAAAUAAACCACCCAUGUCCCCAAAAUCUCCAUAUCUUUCAAACACAUACCUACAUCCAAAAAAGGCAGCAGUUUGGCGGUCAUUGAAGGGCACAGGAACCAUCCACAUUGAAAACCCAUCAAUCAAGGUGCCUAGGGAGAUGUGGGUGGCAUCACUCAGACAUGGUUUUGCUGUGUCCCAGUCACUGAAAUCUGAGUGUGACUCUGGAUGUAGUCGGAGCUCAGGCUAUACAAGUACACCAGAAUAUUUGAAAGAAGCCCUGGGUAUGAAGAAACCGAAGCAUUCACGGUCAGCCAGUAAUGGUUAUGUCCCUGGCACCCCUGACUACAAGGAGAAAGAAGACAUGUAUGAUGAGAUUAUUGAACUAAAAAAGAUUAUUCAAGCUCAUAAAGCCGAUAAUGAUAUCCUGAAAACAAAACUGAGACGAUCAGAGGAAGAGAACAGCAGAAAAAAGAAGCAGAUUGAACAACUGUUGGAUCCUUCAAAGAGUUCAGAGUAUGCCAGGAGCUUGGUUGAUAAAAAGAAUGAUACUAGUGGGAUUGUUAAUGGAUUAAAACAGAGGCUCUUUAAAUUGGAGCAGCAGUGUAAAGAGAAGGACGGCAUCAUAAACAAAUUCCAAAAUGAUUUGAAGACCACUAAUAUUGAGGAGAUGAAGAUUGCCAUGGAGACAUACUAUGAGGAGAUUCAGAGACUCCGACUUCUGUUAACCGACAAUGAUACAGUGGAGAAAAAAUCAAUAAUGGAGAGCAGAGAGUUGCAGAAAGAGAUAAAAGUGCUCAACUCAACUAUCCUCAGGUUAUCCAAAAGCCUCAAACAGUUACAAGAGGAGAAUAAAACCCUGAAGGCCAACCUGGAACAAGAAUCCUUCAGCUCUUCCACAUCCAGUACAGCCCGAGGCUAUAAUGAAUGGACCAAAAGUAGGCUAGUGCGAAGAGUCCUUGAGCUGGAGAAGAAAAUCAGCAAUCCAGAGCCUUUGAACUCCAAAGCAAGUAGCAGGGAUUUGGAGGAAAAGCUUCCACAUGCUGAAUGCAUCAGAGACCAAAUACAGCAACAGGAGCAACAGCAAGUCAGCCAUCAGCAGGAGUGUAACCGCCUCCGGGAACUAAUAAAAAAACUGAAGGAGGACCGCAGCAAUUUGCAGACCCAGUUGGCCAAAAAGGAUGCUGAAGUAAAGCAACAGCUUCAAGAAAAAGCAAAACUGGGAAAAGACUUGCAGAGAUUAAAGGAAAUGGAUAAACCCGCUGAAGAGUACAAGCAUGAGGUUAGUACUGUGAAGGAAAGGAUAAGAAAACUGGAAGCAGAGCUGGAAGAUCAUCGGCGAAUGAAGAAACGACUUGAAGCAGAGCUGGAAGAUCAUCAGAGAAUGAAGGCGAGGAAUGAAUUAGCUGAGAAAGAAGACAUAGAGAUGGAGGAGGCAAUUAAUAUGAUUCAAGCAUGUGCACGGGGGCAUUUAGCCCGGCAGACAUUCGAGGGCCUGCACUCUGUAAAUCUUAAGCAGAUGCCUGGAGCAUCCCCUUGGCAAUAUGAGAGUCCUCGAGUUUCUCACAACACUAUUCAAAAGCAAAUCCUGACAUGGGAUGAGAGAGAUGAAGCCAUCUCUUUAAUCCAGUCCUCCUUCAGAGCUCAUCUGACUCGGACACAGUAUCUCAAAGGAAGAAAGAACAUGUCUGCUGGAGACAGCAGGGAUACCUCAGUCAAUGUGAGGAAAUCUAGUGAUUCCCAGCUCCAGGCAAGGUAUUCAGGGUUCUGGAGGGAUAAUGAAAGCAGUGAUGAAAUAGAAGAGGAUAUAUUCAGGCAUGAAGACCCAGAAGAUGCAGAAUAUUUGAAGAAGCUUAAAAUCUCACCAAACCGUCCUUCAUCAAUGAGAUCCAGCCAAAGCCUGUCUCAGAUAUCAGGAGCAGUGGAAUCCGACGAUUCUGAUGAUGUUAUUUUGUUUUAACUUCAAGGCCACUGAAGUGUCAAGACUAACUUUUAGAAGAGUUCCACUCCAGGAGUCUGCUAACAAAAUGUGUAGAGAGCUGAGGGGGGAGUAGCCAAGGAAUUGGAUUUUGUGUGAUAGAUAAAAAUACAGAACUCAUGGUGCAUUAACAAAAGGGCUAAUUGUUAAUGGUGAACUUAAUACUGCUUUUACAAAAACUUACAAUAAAAGUGAUAAAUUGCUAGAUAUACUCAGCAGGACAAGUAGCAACUGCAGAUGU